AUGGUUGGUGUGGUUGAGGAAUUUCUUCUGGAUUUUAUUCAUUUGACUGAUUCUCACACUGGUGAAUACCUCACACACAAAUUUGUUGAGGUCUUGAAUGAUUUUGGUAUUGCUCACAAAGCUCUCAGGUGUGUUGCUGAUAAUGCUGAGGUCAAUGCAGUCAUGGUUCACCAUGCACAGCAUCAGAUCCCCACUUUCAAAGGCCCAAAAUACCAUGUGAAUUGCCAGAAUCACAUCUGGGCCUUAUGCAUCAAGUUUGCAGCAAUAAAAGGUGAGAAAAUCACUGAGGAUGACAAUGAGCAGACAGAUGAAGCACCAGCUGAUGAAAUAGAACCCAAAGAAUCUGAAGCCAACCAUGAGAUUGAGGAGUACCUUGACCAGCUUGUUAAUGAGGUUGAGCAAGAACUUGAGGUCAAUAUGGAUGAAUCAAGGCCAGUAGUGACUGAAGAGGAGGCGAAGGUUGGACGAUAUGCUAUUCACAAGCUGACUCAACUCAGGAAGAAGGGGUUUCACAACUCUCUUCUGCGCCUUUAUUUGCAUGAUAUUUUGGAUGACAUUUGCGAUCAAAUCAAGUUCAACCAAUCAAGAGGUUUACACUUAUGGCAAUACACCCUUUCUAAUGAGGAGUGGGAAGUUCUUGAUCAAUGCUCUGAUUACCUUGAGCUAUUCAAACAUGCCAUUUUUGACUUCUUGAAAUCAGGCAAACCCCUCAUCUUUAAGGUUUUUCCUGCCAUUGACAAGCUCACUCGAUUCUUGGAGCAAGGUCAGAACAACAAAGAACUCCAUGCCACUGUUCGGAUGGCAUGCUAUCAUGCCAUGCUUGUACUCAAUAAGUAUUAUGCCAAGACUGAUGAAUCUGUGAUAUACCACAUUGCUAUGAUUAUGCACCCUGGUUAUAAGCUGCAGUAUUUUCACUCACAAAAUUGGCUCAAGGAGUGGAUCGAUGAUGUGGUCAAUGUUCUUUGUCAAGAGUGGAAUGACUACCAACCUCAGAAUUCUAGUUCAGUGCCUGCUUCACAACCAACACAAGCCCAAAAGGAUAAGAAAAAGUGUAACAUCAGCUGGGAUAGCAGCCCAGAUGAGACCGCAGUCAGCUCUCGGGUCACUAGUGAUGUUGAUCCACUCGACAAGUACCUGUAUAGCCCAGUUCUACAAAUUAAAGACCCUCUCAAAUAUUGGGAAUCUCAAGAUCCAGAGAGCAAUCUCCUGGCACAGUUUGCCUUGGAUUUCCUCUCCAUGUCACAUAAGUCUUAUUGA